AUGUUCACCACCGUAGCAGCCGCUCUUCUCCUCGCUGUCAGCAUCACCGCUGCUCCUACUGCCACUACCGGCUCCAAUAUCCCAGCACGCACACUUCCACGAACCGGUGUCACUCACACCAUCGCCGCGGGGAGAGGAGCUCUCUCGUUCGAGCCUGCAAAUGUCGUUGCGCAAAAAGGAGAGGUGAUCGAGUGGCAUUUCGCUCCUAAGAACCACUCCGUGGCCCAGUCCUCCUUCGGCAACCCCUGCAACCCCCUCGAGGACGGUACUGGUUUCUUCGCGGGCUUCAACUUCCGCACCGACAACGUCCAGGCCGACAACGUCUUUCAGCUCGUCAUCGAAGAUCCCACCAAGCCAAUCUGGUAUUACUGCCCCCAGACGGAAGGUGAUCAUUGCCAGAAGGGCAUGGUUGGCGUCAUCAACCAGAACUUCAACUCCAACGACGCAACUCUGGCCAAGUACAGGGCAAAGGCAGCCGAAUCUGGCCACAGCGUUGUUCCAAGUGUUGAGCAAGGCGGCAAGGUCAUUCCUGUCCCUGACCCUCUUGCUGGGUUCUAA